ACAAAGUCCGCCCCGGGGCGGGCCCAGGUCGGCGGAUCCGCCCGGCCCCGCACCUGCCCCCGGGGCCGCCCCGCCGGAGUCGGGCCGAGCCGCGGCUGAGCUGCUGCCGGAGCGCCCGCCAUGGGCGUGGGCUAUGGAGGGAUGCGCUGCGUCAAGAUCCUGCUCUUCAUCUUCAACCUGACCUUCUGGCUGGCAGGACUGGCUGUCAUUGCCUUCGGGCUCUGGCUGCGCUUUGGUGGGCCCAUGGCUGAGUUUGCUACAGACAAGAAGUCCCCAGAACUUUUCUUCAUGGGACUCUAUGUGCUGGUGGGAGCAGGGGCCAUCAUGGCAGCAGUUGGAUUUUUUGGGUGCUGUGGAGCAGCGCGGGAGUCCCAGUGCUUGAUUGGAACUUUCUUUGCUUGCCUGUUGGUGAUAUUUGCAGGUGAGGUCACUGCUGGAGUAUUUGCCUUCAUAGGCAAGAAAGUGGCAAUACAGGAAGCCCAGAAAAUCUAUGAAGAUGCUUAUGAGGACUACAUGAAAAACCCAGUGGGGAAGGUCAACAGUACCAUCUAUCGCUACCACGUGGCUCUCCAGUGCUGUGGUAAAGGUAAUGUGGAACAACAAACAGGAUUGCCCUGUCCAGAGAACAUCCAGCUGCCAAAGAACUGCCUAACUGAAAUUCAGAAUGUAAUUGAUACUCAGCUGCGCCUCGUUGGAAUUGUUGGAAUUGCAAUUGCUAGCAUCACAAUCUUUGGCAUGAUUUUCAGCAUGGUUCUGUGCUGUACCAUCCGUAACAUGAGAGAAAUGAUCUAAAACUGUCACUGCACAACUCUGCCCCAGGAGUUCCAGACUAAGCUUACAAGAAGUGCUCUUCUACCCAAUUUAAUAAUUGUAAUGCAUUUUAAUCAGUGUUUUAACAUACUGAGAGGAAAAUAUCCCGUUAGGUGAUCAGGUGAAUUGUAUUAGUUACAGUAAAACUGAAGUGAACAAAAAAAGGGUUUAAAAUGUCCUUUUUAAUGAUAAAAGAGCAAAGGUGCAUCAAAGA